AUGUCGUCAAAUAGGCCUGAAUUGAAGUUUUCAGCACCAAAUGAUGAACGAGGCUUCUAUAACAAGUUUAUUUCUCUGCCUGAGAAACCAGACACUACAAUUAGAAUUUCUGAUCGUGGGGAUUAUUAUACAGUAGUUGGUUUUGAUGCUGUUUUCGUUGCUGAUACAGUUUAUCAUACUCAAUCUGUUUUAAAAAAUUGUAAUCUUGACCAUGGGACCAGUAAAAGAUUUGGCAGCAUUCCAACACAGUAUGCUACCUUAUCUACGCAGGUAGUCAGUACUUUAUUGAAAAACUGUUUAUUGGAGCUAGGUUACAAAGUUGAACUAUACGACAAAAACUGGAAUUUAUUGAAAUGUGCCUCUCCUGGUAACAUAGAUCAAGUUGAAGAUCUUAUGAAUAUCGCUGUUGAUAGUCCAAUCAUUCUUGCAUCUUUGAAAUUACAAUUAAAUUCCAAUGAUGGUAACUGUGUUGUCGGGUUGGCAUUUAUAGAUGCAGGAAAUCAAAAAAUUGGUAUGUUGGAUAUAGUUGAUAAUGAAGUUUAUUCUAAUCUGGAGAGUUGUUUAAUCCAACUUGGUGUAAGGGAAUGUUUAUUACCAGAUUUAUCUAAGAACGAAGCAAAUAUUAAUGAGAUAAAGAAAAUUACAAGUGUUCUCGAACGUUGUAACUGCGUGGCUACCUUUAUUAAAAAUUCUGAAUUCCAAGCUAAAGAUGUAGAAAUGGAUUUGAUGAAAUUACUUGGCAAUGAUUUGUCACUAUCUCUUCCUAAAAAAUUUUCUAAUCUUGCAUUAGGUGCUUGUAAUGCUUUAUUAAACUACUUGGAAAUUUUACAAGGACAAGAUAGCUUAGGAAAGUUUGAAUUAGUUGAAUAUUCUAUCAACAAUAUAAUGAAGUUGGACGCUUCUGCUGUGAAAGCCCUGAAUUUAUUCCCAAAUAAUAAUGCUCAAUCUUAUAUGCAGUCAAAUUUAGCAGCAUCAAAUGGAUAUAGUAAUAGUAAUGAAUCUAAAAUAUCAUCGCUUUUCCAAUUAUUAAACAACUGUAAAACCAAAGCAGGUGUGCGUUUGUUAAACGAAUGGUUAAAGCAGCCAUUGACUGAUUUGGCAGAAAUAAAUAAAAGACAUGAUCUUGUUGAGUUUUUAAUCGAUCAAUUAGAGUUAAGGGAAACGUUACAAACUAAUUAUUUACCAUCUAUUCCUGAUGUGCGUCGUAUAACAAAAAAGUUACACAAGAAUGGUAAUUUAGAAGAUAUUCUAAAAAUUUAUCUAUUUAGUAAAAAAAUUCCAGAUAUUUUACAACUACUAGAAUCAUUUUUAGAUGGUGUCGAUGGUACUGUAAACAAGAAUAUUCAAGAGUUAGUGACAGAUUUAUGGAUUGAUCCAAUUCAAAAGCAUAUUGAGCCGUUAUCUAAGUUUGAAGAAAUGGUAGAGACUACUGUUGAUUUAGAAAUGUAUGAAUCGCACAAUGAAUUUAUGAUCAAAGUGGAGUUCAAUGAGGAAUUAGCCAAGCUUAGAAUGGAAUUAGAUCAGCUUAGAAACCAAAUAACCACUGCACAUUUAGAGGCCGCCGAGGAUCUUGGGUUUGAUACUGAGAAAAAACUAAAACUUGAAAACCAUCAUUUACAUGGUUGGUGUAUGAGAUUGACUCGUAACGAUGCCAAAGAACUUCGUAAGCACAAAAAAUAUAUUGAGCUAUCUACUGUUAAAGCAGGUAUUUAUUUUAGUACGAGAGAGUUAAAAGAAGUAGCUAAGGAAACAGCUAUCCUUCAAAAGGAAUAUGAAAAGCAGCAGUCAGCAUUAGUAAGAGAGAUUGUUGGAAUUACUUUAACGUAUACACCGGUUUUAGAAAAGUUAUCAUUAGUACUAGCUAAUCAGGACGUAUUAUGUUCAUUUGCUCAUGCAUCUUCAUAUGCUCCAAUACCAUAUAUCAGACCUACAAUGCACAGUUUACAGGAUACUGGAAGAAAAACAAUUUUAAAAGGAUCUCGUCACCCCGUCUUAGAGGUACAAGAUGAUUUAACUUUUAUUUCAAACGACAUUAGUUUAGAAAAAGGUUCCAGUGAUUUCCUGAUAAUUACCGGGCCUAACAUGGGUGGUAAAUCUACUUAUAUCAGACAAAUUGGUGUUAUAUCUUUAAUGGCUCAAAUAGGAUGUUUUGUUCCUUGUGAUGAAGCAGAAAUAUCUGUUGUCGACGCUAUAUUAUGUAGGGUUGGUGCUGGUGAUUCUCAAUUGAAAGGUGUCUCUACUUUCAUGGUUGAAAUGUUAGAAACAUCUUCAAUAUUAAAGAAUGCUACUCCAAACUCAUUAAUAAUAGUAGAUGAAUUAGGUAGAGGUACUAGUACCUAUGAUGGAUUUGGUCUUGCAUGGGCUAUUUCUGAACACGUUGCAUCAAAAAUAGGUUGUUUUACGCUGUUUGCUACACAUUUCCACGAGUUGACGUCAUUAGAGAAAAAGCUAGACAACGUCAAAAAUUUACAUGUAGUAGCACAUAUAGGAAGUGUGAGUGCUACUUUAGAAGGGAACAAUAGCACUGAAGAUAUUACAUUAUUAUUCAAGGUCGAACCUGGUAUUUCUGAUCAAUCGUUUGGUAUUCAUGUUGCAGAAGUUGUUCAAUUUCCAGAGAAAAUAGUGAAAAUGGCAAAACGUAAAGCAAACGAGCUUGAAGAUUUAAAGAAUACAAAUAAAGAAGUAAAGAAACUUAAGUUGAGUCCCCAGGAAAUGAAUGAAGGAAAUGAAAAAUUAAGAACAUUACUUAAAAAUUGGGUGAAACAAUGUAAAGAAGAAGGAUUAGACAAACCUGAAAAUAUUACCAGCGAAGCUGGUCAAAAGAAGAUCCAAGAAUUAUUACGUGAUAUGUCAAAAGAAUCAGAAUCUUCAAAUAACCAAUUCAUCGAAUGUAUAACAAAAAUGUUAUUAUAA